AUGAAAAUGAAGAUAAUUAUAUAUGUUUGCAUUUGGGCAGCCGCAUGGGCCAUUCCACUUCCUCAAAUCAUACCAUUGGAAAGACGCAUUGUUGAAAAAUCUGUGAAUGUACCUUUUCUAGCACACUCAGGAACUCCAGCACAGAAUGAGUUGUAUGUCAAUAACACCGUUAAGGACAGUAGUGACCCCCUGAAAGGGAGUGACAUAGGAAGACAAGUGUAUACCGAGGGCGGCUACGAAAGAGAAGGGAAUGGCUCUGAGUCAACGGACGCAGGAGGGACAAAUUCUACACGGCCCAUUUUAGCAAAUGAACAGGGGAACAUUGCAGAUGAAAAUGAGGAUGUGGAAACUCAUGGUCGUGAUGAGAUACAUGCGAAAGGAGAGAACAGCACAGCAAAGGACAUCAGCAGCCAAGGAAGCAUCACCGAAAACGCCAGAGAGGCAAAGGAGAGUAAUGUCGAUGGACACGCUGGUCAGGACACAAAAACUGGGGGUGCUGAUGAUGCGAGCCGGGAUGGAGAUGCCACCCUUGUCCAGGGAAGUGGACCUCAAGUAGCUGGAAGCGAGGAUAGUACAAACCAUGAGGUUGGCGUACAUGGGGACGGGGUUGGUACCCAUGAAACAACACCUCCGAGAGAAGAGGAGGGCAGUGGGAACAAGGGGGCUGAGAUAACACCAAGCACUGAGGAUGAUCCUGGUUUGGAUACUGAUGGGAGUCCCAGCGGGGAUGGGGAAAACGGGGAUGAGGACAUGGGCUCUGGUGGUGAUGAGGGUACAGAAGCAGGAGAUGACAAGGGCGGCCACGAUGUCAGUCAGGGCCAGGAGGACCAGUCUCAUCAGGGGAAACAGGACAACAGAGGUCAGAGUUCAGUUAGUAGUGAGGAUGACAACUCUGAAGAGAAAGAAGACUCCCCAGGUGGGUGUGAUGGAGACAACACCUCUAGCAGCGAGGAGAACGAUGGUCUCGAAGAAGGCAAUGGCAGCCAGGCUGUGCAAGGAAACCAGAAGCUCAGUCACAAAGGCAGCGGAGGUCCAGACGGCGGAGUCACCUGCCAGUCAGAAGCGUGUCCUCUUGGGAAGAGCCAAGACCAGGGCAUAGAGACUGGAGGAAACAGCGCAGGCACCACAAGGAAUGUCACCAAAGAAUCUGGGAAACACAGUGAAAAUCAAGAGAGCAAUGGGCGCCAGGGGAAGGAGGUGGACCAAAGGAACAGCCCGAGGCCAGGGGAGCCUGGCCGGCCUCAAGGGCCCGUGGGGGACUCAGAAGCCCCGAGCAAAACGGGGCGCAGCAAGGUAGUGAGCGGCAGCAACAGCGACGUGCGCGACAGCUACGACUUCGAUGACAAGUCCAUGCAAGGAGACGAGCCCAACAGCAGCGACGAGUCUACCGGAAGUGACGGUGCCAGCUCAGAAGGCGACAGUGAGAGUGGCGGCCGCGGGGACGCUUCCCCCAGCUCUGAGGAGUCAAGAGACGCCAGCCACGGCAGUGACUCCGACGGGGGCGAUGAGGACAGCAGCGACGACGGCACAUCUGAUGCCGAGGACAGCGACAGUGAGGACAGUGACGGGGACAGUGAGAGCGAUGACAAGGACGAGUCGGAAAGCAGUGACAGUGAGAGCAGUGAUGGCAGUGACAGCGACAGUGACAGCAGUGACAGUGACAGCAGUGACAGUGACAGCAGCAGUGACAACAGUGACAGUGACAGUGACAGCAGCAGUGACAGCAGUGACAGUGACAGUGACAGCAGCGACAGUGACAGUGACAGCAGUGACAGUGACAGUGACAGCAGCAGUGACAGCAGUGACAGUGACAGCAGCAGUGACAGCAGUGACAGUGGCAGCAGUGACAGCAGUGACAGUGACAGUGACAGCAGUGACAGUGACAGUGACAGCAGCAGUGACAGUGACAGCAGUGACAGUGAUAGUGACAGUGACAGCAGCAGUGACAGCAGUGACAGCAGUGACAAUGACAGCAGCAGUGACAGUGACAGUGACAGCAGCAGUGACAGUGACAGUGACAGCAGCAGUGACAGCAGUGACAGCAGUGACAGUGACAGUGACGGCAGUGACAGCAGCAGUGACAGUGACAGUGACAGUGACAGCAGUGACAGCAGUAACAGUGACAGUGAUGGCAGUGACAGCAGCAGUGACAGUGACAGUGACAGCAGCAGUGACAGUGACAGCAGCAGUGACAGUGACAGCAGUGACAGCAGUGACAGCAGCAGUGACAGUGACAGCAGUGACAGUGACAGCAGCAGUGACAGUGACAGCAGUGACAGCAGUGACAGUGACAGUGACAGCAGUGACAGCAGUGACAGCAGUGACAGCGACAGUGACAGCAGCAGUGACAGCAGUGACAGCAGUGACAGUGACAGCAGCAGUGACAGCAGUGACAGCAGUGACAGCAGUGACAGCAGUGACAGUGACAGCAGUGACAGUGACAGCAGUGACAGCAGUGACAAUGACAGCAGUGACAGUGACAGCAGUGACAGCAGUGACAGUGAAAGCAGUGACAGCAGUGACAGUGACAGUGACAGUGACAGCAGUGACAGCAGUGACAGCAGUGACAGCAGUGACAGCAGUGACAGUGACAGUGACAGCAGUGACAGCAGUGACAGCAGUGACAGCAGUGACAGCAGUGACAGUGACAGUGACAGCAGUGACAGUGACAGCAGUGACAGUGACAGUGACAGCAGUGACAGUGACAGCAGUGACAGUGACAGCAGUGACAGCAGUGACAGCAGUGACAGUGACAGCAGUGACAGUGACAGCAGUGACAGCAGUGACAGCAGUGACAGCAGUGACAGUGACAGCAGUGACAGUGACAGUGACAGCAGUGACAGUGACAGUGACAGCAGUGACAGUGACAGCAGCAGUGACAGUGACAGCAACAGUGACAGCGACAGUGACAGUGACAGUGACAGCGACCACUCAACCAGUGACGACUAG